ACUAGAUCAUGUUCUCCUUUUCUGGCUUUCACCACAAGCACCUCAGCGGCCAAAGUCGGCUAAUUAUGUUCUGCAUAAAAAUGUCGGUUUGGUGGAGAGCCUGAGAGGAGAUAAUAGCGUGGGAAGGUUAAUUACCUUGCUCUAGUUUUGAAUAUGAGUUUUGGAGCCAAACUCCAUUUUCUCCGCAGGAGUAGCGUCAGUCUCCUACCGUUUCCUCUUCCGUCGCCAUAGAGCUGGGAGGCUGCGCAAACUACGGAGCCAUGCCGCGGGCUAAUUCAUGACGCCAACCGCCACCGCCGGCGGCGAGUACGACGUCGUGCCUGGCCACAGCCGAAAUCCGGUAGGAACCUGGCGCUUUUUAGCAAGUUUAGGCGUACAUUCCCAAGGCAGGAUUGGAGUCUCAGCCACGCCACGCAAAUCCGAUUAGGGAGGCGCUGCGCCAGCGAGGUGCGAACUGCCUCGUCGGCGUCAGGGCCCGCGCACCACGUCCACGUGUCUCCGUGCAGCAUGCCGCUGCGGCUAUAAAAUGCGGCCUCAGUCCUCACCGGCAACAUCACACUUCGCUCUCUGCUUUCUCCCUUGAUCUCUCCAGCUAGCUUGUUCUUGAGGUGGCGAUGGCUCGCUGGUGGGUGUGCGGACUCCUCUCGCUCCUGGCGGUGGCCGCGGUCGCUGCGGAGGGGAGUGCGGAGCCGCUGAUUCGGCUGCCGACGCAGGAUGAGCAUGACGCUGCUCCCGCCCCUGCCCCGUCGGCGGAGGAAGGGGUCACGAGGUGGGCAGUGCUCGUUGCGGGCUCCUCCGGCUACGUGAACUACCGUCACCAGGCCGAUGUGUGCCACGCCUACCAGAUUCUGAAGAAGGGAGGACUGAAGGAGGAGAACAUCGUGGUGUUUAUGUACGACGACAUCGCCAAUAACCAUGAGAACCCAAGACGUGGAGUCAUCAUCAACCAUCCUAAAGGCAAAGAUGUUUACGCGGGUGUUCCCAAGGACUACACUGGUGACCAGGUCACUACUGAAAACUUCUUCGCGGUCCUCAUGGGCAACAAAACAGCGGUUACCGGAGGGAGUAGGAAAGUCAUAAACAGCAAACCGAAUGAUCACAUCUUCAUCUAUUAUGCAGAUCAUGGGGGGGCUGGUUCUCUUGGUAUGCCCAACAAUCCAUGGCUUUUUGCUGGCGACUUCAUUAAGGUGUUGCGACAAAAGCAUGCUUCCAAGAGCUAUUCAAAAAUGGUUAUAUAUGUCGAAGCGUGUGAGAGUGGCAGUAUGUUUGAGGGUAUAAUGCCUCAAGAUCUUAAUAUUUAUGUUACAACAGCAGCAAACGCAGAGGAAAGUAGUUGGGGAACAUACUGCCCAGGAUGGAAUCCACCACCUCCUCACGAAUACCUUACCUGUUUAGGUGACGUCUACAGUGUGUCUUGGAUGGAAGACAGUGAAACUCACAAUCUAAAGAAGGAAGCAAUCAAGGAUCAGUACGAGUCGGUUAAAAAGAGAACCUCAAGCUCAAAUAGCCUAACUGGUUCUCAUGUCAUGGAGUAUGGUGACAAGACAUUCAAGGACGAGAAGCUUUUCCUUUAUCAAGGCUUUGAUCCUGCAAAUGUCAACAACACAAACAGGCUGCCUUUGCCCAGCCUGGAGGGUGCAAUCAAUCAAAGGGAUGCGGACAUUCUUUUCAUGUGGAAGAGGUAUGAGCAGCUAAAUGCUGGAUCGGAAGAGAAGGUGCAGGUUCUGAAAAAGAUCAAAGAAACCGUGGCACACAGGAAGCACCUCGACAGCAGUAUUGAUUUCAUCGGGAAGCUUGUGUUUGGAUUUGAGAAGGGCCCUUCAGUGCUUGAAGCUCCUAGAAGCUCCGGCCAACCAGUAGUCGACGACUGGGAUUGCUUGAAGAGGAUGGUGCGCGUUUUCGAAUCCCACUGCGGAUCACUUACUCAGUACGGCAUGAAACACAUGAGGUCCUUUGCAAACCUCUGCAACAACGGCGUCUCCGAGGCAGAGAUGAAGGAGGCGAGCGUCGGUGCUUGCGGCAGUUACAACUCGGGGAAGUGGAGCCCACUGGUUCUAGGCUACAGCGCUUGAUCCGCUCGCUGAAGUACACGGGGGCAACAGCGAAUGCUCCAGAGGUUGUACAAUUAAUAUAGUACAAGAAACCACCCAACAGGGCGUCCCUUGUGUGUGUUGGGUUGAUCAGUAGUUUAUGGUCAUGCCUGUGUACAUCAAGUUUGACUGCGAUCAAUUGAACGGCAAUGAUUAUGACACAA